AUGCCUUUGACACACACUGAAAAAACCGUUUUCUUCAAGUAUGAUGGAUUGACGUUUGAAGGAAAUCGAUUGACAAUGAUAAGAGGAUUUGUGGUUGAACAAGAACGCGCAAAAAAGUUUCAAGGAACUGUUGGUCCUCUUUUACUGUAUAUGAACGCAAUGCAAAACGUUGAACGCCACAAAACAUACAAGGCUGUCAUUUCUGGACAGCUUUCGGAAAGAAUACUGUUUGCAGAUGUCAAUGAUUGGCAUCCUAUCAGUACAAUAAAAGCAACGAUUACAUCGAUACAAGAGCCACAAGAAGAAACAGAUCUUCCGAUUGCAAUAGCAAAUCGAUUUGCAACUGUCAGUGCGUCUAGCAUUACAGAUCCUGGUUUUGAAAACCAUGAGGUAACAACAACCGAUCUACAUUUCCGUAUGGCUGGUGGAGCAACCAUGAUAAGACGACGGUCAAGAGAAGAAGAUGAAAAUAAUAAUCGGCAAGACAAACGAAGACGAAUUGAUGAUGAAAACGACACGAUAUUGUCAAAUGGCAUAGAUGAGGAGCAGGAUGAAAACGUUGUAGAAGAUGAGGACAUGUAUGAAGAGCGCAAUGAUUACAUUUACAAUAUUUAA